AUGAUGGCCGAUCCCUUCGAGGUUCGCAUGCGCUUCACUGCGCAGCUACAGCAUCUUAAUGCCUCCGUGACCUCGUCACAGAAGGCAGCGCAUUAUGCGUUGAAAUACCGCGACAUGGAUGAGGAUCUCCAUUCCUGUAUCCUGGAACAACUUGAAAGGAACAACAUGAAUAAUCGAGCCAACAUCAUGUACUUCAUCGAGCAAUUCUGCGAAAUGGCCACUAAGGAAAACCAUACACCCUAUGUCCGGAUGAUGCAAAGGGAUAUUCUACGCGUCGUUGAUGCCGUUGUACCACCUGAUGGAUCAGGAGCUGCAAACAUCAAGCACGUCCGGCGUGUUCUCAACGGUCUCCAGAGUAAAGAUAUUCUCUCAGCCGAAACGGUAGCUGAGAUUGAUGCCGGGCUCAAGGAGCGGGAGGCCCAGGUGGCACAUCUCGACUUGGAUGCUGAGGAGGAGGUCGACAAUGGUUCCAAAGCGAAAGGUGGAACGCCACGAGGCUCCAGGCCGAGUGGGAUGCGCGUGGACAAGAGGCAGAUCGAGCAACGGAUUGAAGAAGACCGUGAACGGAAUAAAAGGCUGCGCGAGAGUAUGUGGACGGUCAGUGGGGAUGAUGGUGACGAACAUGGCAAGUUCUGGGAUGAAGUCAGUGAUAUAGGUGAGGAUGACUUCCUGGGGGCGCAGGAGGAACUCAUGGAGCGCAAUCAAAUGGUUGCUGCUCAAUGA